GCCUUGUUGGUGGGUAGCUUUUAAUCAGUCUUCUCUUCCAAACGUUUCUCGCCAUUCUUCAUUCCUUCCUCAUCUCUCUCUCUCUCUCUCUGUCUCUCUCUACAUGUGAAUAUUUUCUCAGUUUACCUCAGUAUUGUCUGUAUUUGCUACUUUCUCCAUCCUGCACAGGUCUGCACAGUGGGCCCCCAGCUCUCCUCUGCUAUGUGGUGGUGGCCACUUGGUGUUUUCAGCUGUGUGCUGCUGGCGGCGGUUGUCCUCUUCUUCCUGACCACAGGGAAACGCUACAAGGUGUUCAGCGAGAAGUGCGUGAGGCCUCCAGGACCCUUGGUCACCAAUAGCAAGCAGAGAGACAACAGGCUGAAGAGAGGGUUUCUUGUGGACCGUGUGCCCCCUGCUCUGGAUGCAGUGGUGAUAGGCAGCGGGAUAGGAGGUUUGACAGCAGCAGCGCUUUUGUCUAAGGCCGGGAAGAGGGUUGUAGUUCUGGAGCAACAUGAUCAGGCUGGAGGCUGCACACACACCUUUCACAAUAAGGGAUUUGAGUUUGACGUGGGUAUCCACUACCUGGGCCAGCUUCACGAGAACAGCCUGCUGAGGGUUGCUCUGGAUCAGAUUACAGAGGGACAGUUGCAGUUCACACGGCUGGAGCAGCACUUUGACACACUGGUCCUAGGUCAGCCUGACCAGCGCAGGGAGUACCAUAUCCAUGCAGGAAAGACUGAGAUGGCAGCUAGCCUGAAGCAGCAGUUCCCAGGAGAGGAGGGGGCCAUUGAUGAGUUCAUGAGAUUGAUGAAGUUAUGCUCACGGCGGACGCCACUUAUUGCCAUCUUGAAGAUCAUACCUUGUUGGCUGGUGAACUUCCUGGCUCGAACCGGCCUAUUAGAUCACAUUUCUUCAGUGUUUCGCCUAGCAGCAACCAGCCAUUCUGAAAUAAUGUCAGGCCUCACACAGAACAAGGACCUGCAAGCACUGUCAGCCUACCUGUUCUAUGGUGUCCCUCCUAAAGAGUCCAGCUUUCUCAUCAAUGCUCUUCUUCUUCACCACUACAAGCGUGGUGCGUACUACCCACGAGGGGGUGCCAGUGAGUUUGCCUUUCACAUCAUCCCUGUCAUUCAGCAGGCCGGUGGUGCUGUGUUGGUCAGGGCUCCUGUACAACGCAUCCUGCUCAACCAGCAAGGGAAGGCUUAUGGUGUGACAGUACUUAAAGGACAAGAAGUAAUUGAGGUUCGUGCCCCUGUUGUCAUUUCCAACGCUGGGAUCUUUAACACCUUCCAGAAGUUUCUGCCUCAGCCCAUACAGGACAAACCAGAGAUCCAGUCACUGUUGGGUUUGGUGCGUCACGGUAUGGGUUCCUUCUUGGUCUUUGUUGGUCUGGAUGGAACCAAAGAGGAGAUGGGCAUCGUAUCCACCAACUUCUGGAUGUAUAAAGACAAUGACUUGGACUCACUUAUGAAGCAUUACUCUUCUCUGAGCAGAGAUCAGAUAUUGGGUAACAUUCCAAUGAUGUUCAUCACCUUCCCAUCCGCUAAAGAUCCUACAUCCGACAUCAGACAACCAGGUAAAUCCUGUAUGACGUUGCUAACCAUGGCUCGCUAUGAGUGGUUUCAGGAGUGGGAGGAGACAAAGCUUGGCAAUAGGGGACAGGACUACCUGGAUUUGAAAAAUAGCAUGGCCCAAGAGAUGCUGGACUGGGCACUAACAAUCUUCCCCCAACUCCGAGACAAGGUGGUGAUGGUGGAUGCUGCCACGCCUCUAACUAAUGUCCACUAUUUGGGCGCUCCGAGAGGUGAGAUGUACGGAGCUGAACAUAACUUGGAGCGCUUCACCCCAGUUACGGUUGCUAGGAUGCGACCACAGACACCAAUCAACGGACUCUAUCUAACAGGUCAGGACGUAUUCUGUAACGGCAUGGCUGGGGCGCUGCAUGGCGGCCUGCUCUGCGCCUCGGCUGUCCUUGAUCAAAUCCUCUACAUUGACCUUCUUGCCCUGAAGACCCGCAUAAAAAAAAAGACUAAUCAGAAAAAGAUGACAUAGCAGCAGAUUCCAGAUGUACAGAAAAAGACAAAGGAGAAAAAGAGAGAAACAGAUUUGGAACAAGUGUUGUAAUGUUGUAUGUAUUGUACAACUUUUUCAUAUACUAGUAGAACUUCCAAACAGCUGUAAACAGACUGUGAUGUGUUAAAGGUUGAAGGUUGAAGGUACUGCUAAUUGUUCUUGGUACAUUGAUUAUUGUCACACCCGUUUAACAGUAAUCUUUGUGUUGGUUGGUAUACAAGAGCUAAACUGUCAUUCAGUCUUUGUUCUUUGGUUAGUAGCCACACAUUUUAUGUUUUUUAUUUUUAUUUUACCUAUUAGAAGCCUACUGCUACAUGACUGUGAAUUAAAGUUUUUUUAAACAUACUUUGGUUUUCUAAUCUGAUAUCAACCCUUGUAUACUAUCAGCUAAACAAAGAAAAGCAUAACGGGUCCAAACAAGGGAGACCAAAUAAAUGUAAAGAAAAAAAUAAAUCUAUAGACUUUUAAGUUUAUUUAGUUUGAGUGCUUUGAACCAGGUGUAUUCCAAAGAACACAAAGGAGGCAAAUAGGCCUACAUUCAUUGUUUGAAAGUUGCUGCUUUUAAAAUGGAAUAGAAGGUUAAGCUAAAAAUCGACAUUGACAUGUAUAAUAUGUGUCAUGUCUGUGACAUAUUCUACAGACAUAGACCUUUGAGCUGGAGUGAUCGCUGUAAUGCUGGAAUGAUCACUGAGAAAGAGCCAUUUAAAACAGCUGC